UCUAAAACCCCCAAAUUUACACAAACACAUCCAUCUUUUAUUCCAAUUCUAUUUCUCUAAAUUCUCUAUAUUCUCUAUAUUCUCUAUAUUCUCUAUAUUCUCCAUUCCCUGCCUCCAUGGCCAAGCUCGGUAAGCUCACUAAGCUCAAAUCCGCCAUCAAACGAUGGCCUUCCAUCUCCAAACUCUCCCGCGCCACCACCCCCACCUCCUCCUCUGCCGUUUCCAACGCCACUCUCGAUAACGACAACCACAACCACAACCACCAUCUCCACCCCGUCUUCGUUGGCAGGUCCCGACGCCGCUACCUCCUCUCCUCCGACGUCGUCCACCACCCCCUCUUCCAAGAGCUAGUCGACAAGUCGUCCCCCAAUUCGGAGGAGCAAGGUCUUGUGAUCUCUUGCGAGGUUGUUCUGUUUGAGCACUUGCUGUGGAUGCUUGAAAAUGCCGCCACCCAAUUGGGGUCUGCCGAUGAGCUCGUCCAAUUCUACACUUAGAAUUGUGGUAUAUAUAAUCAUAAUCAUAAUAAUAAGAAUAAUAAUAAUAUCAUUGUUGCCUUAUUAUUGUUGUUGUUAAAAAGAAAAAAAAAAAAAAGAAAAAAAGAAAAAAAAGAAAACUAAAUUAACCCAUUUGAUUAAUUUUAGUUUUAGUGUGCGUUUGGAAGAAAAAACAGAGAGUUCUCCAAAGCUUCAUUUUUCUCUUUUAGUUUGUUGGUAUGAUAUAUUUAUUCUGGGAACGUUUGAGUGUUGAUUAUUUUUCAGAAUGAAAGAGUGAAAAAGCCGAAUGCUAAAAAAACCAAGGUAGCUCAGCUUGCGGCUAAAUGUAUAACUUUUUGCUUUCUUUCCCCCCACAGAAACAGCUUCUCCUUGACACUUUAUGUCAUGUAAUACAUAUUUCAAUGCUUCAUCCUACCCUCAAUCUUUUGUAAAGGAUUUAAUCCACUUUACUAGCAUCAAUCAACUUUUUUAUUUCACUUCUAA